GCCCAUGAGCAGCAGGACACGGAGAGCAUGACCUAAGCUGCCCUUUCUCCCGCCGAUUCCCUUCCUCCUCCCCCCCCACCAAGAACCGUCAGAAUCGCCUGCCCCACCGUCCGAUCUCAAUCUCGAUCUUUCCGUCGCAACAAAUGUCUUGGGACUUGCUGAAGCGGUUCCUCGAGAGCGAUGUCUUCAACCAGGACCCCUUCCUUUCGGUGUCGUAUCUCUCUCGCUAUGCCGACCACAUCGGCAUCCACUAUGUCCUCUGCAACAAGCUCCGCCAGUUCCCCUACGAGGAUAUCGAGUUCUUCCUUCCGCAGUUAUGCCACCUGAUCAUCAGCCUCGACAACGAGUCGAUGGCCCUGGAAGAGUUCCUGCUGGACCUGUGCGAGGAAUCGGUCACCGCUGCGCUGCUGACGUUCUGGCUGUUCCAGACUUACCUCCACGACCUCUCGUCCAACCCCCAGACCGAGGCCUUCAGGACUUGCCGCCGGGUGUACAACAAGGUGCAGCACAUCGUGUUCGGGGUUGCCGAGAGCCGGAGACACGACAGGAUCACCGAGAAUGUGCUGCCGGUGACGGUUCUCGGGAGCUUCGUGCUCGCGAGCGUCGCUUGCCCGUUGCUGCCGCAGUGGGCGGGGCCCCUGGCCGUCGCCCAGGCCCGAAAACCGCGCCCCGUCGUCGACACGAUAUCCGAGCCCGCCGUCGUCGCGAAUAAGAACGUGCCGGCCCGCGCUCGCACCGUCACGGCGGCUAACACUCGGUCGAAGCGAGCCAAAGAUGUGCGCAGCGCGAGUGCCCAAGAGACCAAGGGGCAGGCUAGUCCGCUCAAGUCACCGGGGAGAUCGGAAGCAAAAUCGCCGGCAAGAGCCACGCGACCGUCUUCGAGAUCGUCGGCGCUCGAGUCCUCGUCGCGCGAGCAGGAGGAUGCGGAUCUGCCGGCCCAGCUGGACAGCUUGGCCCUCGACGCACGCCUCAGUUCGGCGUCUCUGCCGCUGCCCGACUCUCGGCCCCGCCUCGCGACGAGGCCGUCGACACCAGUGUCGGCGGGCCUGCGGCCGUCCGAGACUACCUUGUCGAGAAGGCACUCGCACCAUGUGAAAACGCUCCUCGGCCAGGCCGACAUGAGCCACGUGCAGAAGACGCGGCUGCUGCGGCAGAACUACUUCCGCUGCCAGACGGCCUUCCUGCAGGCGCUACAGGACAUCUCCAACCGCCUCGUCGUGGUGCCCAAGCCGGCGCGCCUGAGCGCGCUGCGUGCCGAGCUGGCGCUCAUCGCGCGGGACCUACCGGCCGAAGUCGAUAUCCCGGUGAUCUGCCCGCCCGAUCUCGUGGACGGCUCUCCCUCCAAGAGCCGCCACCACAGGAUCGUCCGGCUCAACCCGGCCGAGGCCACCGUCCUGAACAGCGCCGAGAAAGUGCCGUACCUGCUCAUGGUCGAGAUCCUGCGCGACGACUUCACCUUUGACCCCGAUACGCAAGACAACCAGAGACUGAUCGCAACGCUGUUGGCGGAGCAAGGGAGCCGCAAGCGUAUCUUCGACUUGAGCGACGCGCCGAGGAUACCGCCCGCCUCCCGAGCGCCGGAGCCGGAGCCGGUCAUUGAUAGCGUCUUCGAGCCGGCCUCGGGAGAUCUGGGGAGUUCCCCUAUGCUCAGGCCCUCGGACGAUGAGAUGCUGGACGCGACGCCGACACAAUCCCACCACUCCCUACGCCUGCCCGACAACGCCUCCUCUACCGCCGCUCCGGCAGCAGCACCUCCUUCAGACAAGGCGGCGGCGCGGAGCUCGGACGGCUCGACGGGGUCCAUCAACCCGCCGGUCCGGAGGAGGCUGACGCUCAGCAACCCGCGCAACAACUCGGUUGACCAACCCGACUUCUCGGCGCUCGCGGUGCACAUGCGGACGGCGUCGCAGAUGCUCGCCCAGCUGGACGCCACCAGCGGCAAGCGGCCGCGGCAGGAGGUGGCGGCGAUCCGGGCGCGCAUCAUCGCGAGCAUGCAGAGCCUGGAAGAGCAGAGCUUCGAUCUCGACGACGGGCAGGGGCCGACGUUCGACACAAUCAUGGCCAAGGCGCAGGCGGCGGCGGCGGCGGCAAACGACGCCAACGGCGGCGAGGGCGGUGGAGGCGGCGGCGACGACGGGGGCGCGGCGGCCGCCGAGCCGAGCCUCAACGCGAACGCUGGCAUCGACCGGAUGGAGAACGACAUCAAGACGGGCGGGCUGCAGCGCAAGGGCGACCGCGACGACCCCAGCGCGGCCGUGUUCGGCGAGGCGUGGGAGACCAAGAAGGAGCGGAUCCGCAAGUCGUCGCCCUACGGGUGGAUGAAGAACUGGGACCUGGUGAGCGUGAUCGUCAAGACGGGGUCGGACCUGCGGCAGGAGGCGUUCGCGUGCCAGCUGAUCCGGGUGUGCCACAAGAUCUGGGUCGACGCGGGCGUGCCGGUGUGGGUCAAGCUGAUGCGCAUCCUGGUGACGGGCGAGUCGUCGGGCCUGGUCGAGACCAUCGCCAACGGGGUGUCGCUGCACUCGAUCAAGCGCAGCCUGACGCUGGCGUCGAUCGAGGCCGGGCAGAACCCGCGCCGGCGCAUCGCCACGCUCAAGGACCACUUCGUCAAGGCCUUCGGCAGCCCCGACGGCGAGCCCUAUCGCGCCGGCGUCGACGCCUUCAAGCGCUCCCUCGCCGCCUACUCGGUCAUCUCGUACGUCCUGCAGCUCAAGGACCGCCACAAUGGCAACGUCCUCAUCGACAACGAGGGCCACAUCAUCCACAUCGACUUCGGCUUCAUGCUGUCCAACUCGCCCGGCUCCGUCGGCUUCGAGGCCGCCCCCUUCAAGCUGACCUACGAGUAUGUCGACGUGCUGGGCGGCGUCACGUCGCCCGACUUUGACGACUACAAGAAGCUGUGCAAGCAGGCGUUUCAGGCCCUCCGCCGCUCGGCAGAUAACAUCGUCGACCUGGUCGCCAUGAUGGGCCGCGAGUCCAAGAUGCCGUGCUUCGGCGCCGGCGUCGCCCAGGUCACCGCCGCUCUGCGCCAGCGCUUCCAGCUGCAGCUCAGCGCCGACGAGGCAGAGCAGUUCGUCGAGUCCGACCUGAUCGCCAAGUCGCUCGGCAGCUACUACACUCGCCUUUAUGAUACCUUCCAGUAUAGGACGCAGGGGAUUUACUAGAUAAACUAGACCGCCAUCUUCGCGCGACGACCGGCAAGUGGAAGGGGUAGCAUGGGGAGUGCCCGACUAUUUUCCUAAUCAGGGGCUGGCGGGAGUGGUCACUUAUAUACUAUGCACACACAUCGGCCGGCUGGCUUGGUGUUGUGCUAUGCUGUGCUUUGCGGAAGCGGGCUUGUUCCUAGUUCACAGUUGAUAUUGCGGCAUCUUCGACGGCGUUUGUGUGGACUCGGGGAGGC